AUGUCGAACGAUGAAGAGAUCCCAGUGAAAGCCACAAACGCGCCCAUCUUCCAAACCAUCACAGAACCGAAGGAACUCCGGAACGUUGUGGAGAACGACAUCUACUUACUUGGUGGACAGGUAGCCAUCUUAUGCCAGUUCGCUCACCCGGCCCUCGCCAAGGGUAGCUAUAAGCACUCUAGUUUUGCAACCCGAAUCCCGCAACGCCUCCGCAACACGGCGCGAUUCCUCAACGCCGCUGUAUGCGGAACGCCCGAAGAAAAGAAUGCCAUUUUCUCCGUCAUCCACAAGUACCACGCCCGCGUCAAGGGCGAUGACUACGACGCAAAUGAUCCCGAGCUACACAAGUGGACGGCAGCAACUCUCUUCUUCGGCAUCAUUCUAGUCCGUGAAACUUUCUUCGGCAAGAUGUCCGACGCAGAGAUGGAAGUUCUGCUCAAAGAGUCGGCUAUCUUCGGCACGUCGCUUCGCAUGCCGCCAGAAAUGUGGCCGGCAACUCUGGCAGAGUUCUGGGCUUAUUGGGAUCAUAAUAUCGCUACGUUAGAGGUUACUGAUAUGGCGCGCAAGUUGAGUCGGGACUUGAUGUAUCCAAUCAACCUCCCGCUCAGUGUGGCUGCAUCGAUGCCGCUAGCGCGGAUUAUUACGGUCAACUGGCUGCCGGAGCGUCUGGCGCAGGAAUAUGAUCUUCAACCCACUCCCGCCAGCCGGGUUGCUUAUCAGGCGUUUGUGGCGUCUACUCGAAUCAUGUACCCGUGGAUUCCGCAGAGUAUUAAGCAGCGACAGCAUGAUAUUUACAUGGAGGAUUUAAGGAAGGCGGUACGGAGAAUCAAACAGACUGGACAUUGGAUGGGGGCUUAA